AAAAAUUCUUCAAAUUAACAACAAAGCCUAACUACUCGAAAUCAAUUGCACGGACUUUACGUACUCAACAGCUUUCUCUUUCUGACUUGCUUCCGCACGUCAUUUUUCUGCUUACAUCAAAUUAAGUGAUGAGGACCUUUUCUCGCUGAGAUCAGCCCCGGAAGAGCCUAUACUCGGUUUCGGACUCACGCGUCGUCGGACGAAACGAAGCUUCGUCAAUUACGCCGCAUUGAACGAAACUCUCAGAAAAACCAGUUCAUCUAGGCGUCGUGCUAAAGAUCGAAAACUGUUCAAGGAUAACAGCGUAGAAAAAGGCCGUGGGAGUGAAAUUCGACGCAGGCGCAAGGAUGGCGAAGUGAAGUUCAGGGAGGAAGAUGGCCAAAAGGAAGAAAAUAAAGGUCUAUUCGAGAGUGUCAGGUCAGUGAUCGAUGACGGCAAGGCUUCUGGAACACAAAAAAGGAAAAUAUUCAUGACAGACGAAGAGUGGGAAGAGAUGAUUGCUAGGCGAUACGAUAAGAUUCAGGAAGAUAAAGCCAAAAAGAGGAAGGCUCAUAAAAAGCGUAAAAAUCAGCAAGAAAACAAACGCAAGAAAGAUGGAUUCGAUCAUCGUCAUCGCCAUCAUCAUCAUCAUCGUUACGACGCCGAUGCCGACAAACCCGCGGCACAAACGAUCUCGCGACCAUCGGUGGCCAGUUUGGCUAACGUUGCUAAGGGAGUCGUCCAGAGCGUGCAAAAGUUCGGCAACGAUCUUAGCGACGCUACCGGACAGCUUUUUAACAAUGUCAACAGUAUGUCACCGACGCUCGAAACAUGGACAAAACGCGGCCAGGAAAUCGCUGACCAAAUCAGAGGUGAAGGAUAUACAAUCGAAGGAGAACUGCUCACCGACGCCAAAGGACCGCAUAGUCUGCAUAUGAAAACUCCGAGCUUCGAAUACAGGUCUCCAGCGUACGUGAUUGAUACGGACUACACUAAUUAUGCCAUCCUGUGGGCCUGUCAGAGUAAUCUUAUUAACGGACUUAUGCGCCGAGAAAAUAUAUGGAUCUUAUCGCGUACCAAAACUUUGGAUCCGUCAAUGAAGAAGUCUCUUAUAGAUCGUCUCCGUGGAAAAACCUAUGCAUCUUACUUUUUGAUGCCUACGGAUCAGACCAACUGCAAAUAGCUGGACGGAACGGCCUACGAUGAACCGCAAACUAUGUCCCGCUUCGUCAACCAUAACUUUGCUAAGGGUCGACAUGUCAAUUAAAUAACUGUAUGGUUAUAUUGAAAUAAAGACCUGAUAUUUGCGUAGCGGGUAAAAUUUCCAUGGAAAGGAGCAAAAAAAAAAAAAAAAAA